GUAACGAAUUGCAUCGUGUCACUAAUAGCAGAGUGCGGUGUGCAGUAGAACGCUAUUCGCUACGUCUUUGUAACGGUGUGCAGGCGGUUUUAACAGGACUACAUUAUCUAACAGCUAGCUUGACUGUCAAAGAAACUCUGGCAUCAAUACAUUUGCCAAGUAGCACCCACGCUAGCAGUGUGGGGAGUCUUGCACUGCACUGUGGAAGCCUGCGUACUUGUAAGGGGGCUAUAGGCGCAGCAAUACAGUCGUAGCUGAAGUAGAAGAGAGGCUCGGUGAAUUCCUCCACACGAGACUCUGUUUUUUUUUAAUUUUUUUAUUCUUGCAUUUGCUGCUUUCCCCCCGGAUUCACGCAUUUAUCAAUUUAACAAGGUUGAACAAUGGAGCUCUCCCUAAUGGCUGCACAGCACUUCCCGGCCAUGAGUGAACCCUUCAUGGACUCCCCGUACAAUGGAAACGCUUCCCUGCAAACCUCCGCCUCCAACCUCCACGCCAACACCCGCCCCCAGGAACCGGAAGAGGAGUCCAAGUUCUCCAGCGAGGCCAUCUGGCUGUGGAUCGCGAUCAUCGCCACCAUCGGGAAUGUCGUGGUUGUGGCAGUGGUCUGUGUCUGUACCUUUUAAGAGCUCUUAAUCAAAGGCACGAGGGCCGCCCUAGUCCAGUCCUAGCGUAGUCUUAUUACCCUUAGAGACCACACCGACACCUAGAGAGCUUUCCCAACUUGUCAUGCUCCUUUGAAACUUUUUCAAACCACCCCUCCUUUAUUUUACAGCAACUCGACAUAAACUUUUGCGCUGCAUUUCAACAGCUACAGUGACGACUCAUAAUUAAACUGGUUUAUGCAUAUCUAGUGAGUUCACCAGUUAAACUAGACUUCCAUGAGGGGUCUCUGUCUGUUAUGCAAGGACUGUUCACGUUAGAUUGAACUGUUUCUUGUUUGGAAGCAUAGGGUGAAUGCUCCUAUAGCUCCAAGACCCUUUUGAGAUUGUUCUAAUCAAACUAAGCAGGGUUUAUUCAUGUAUGGGAACAGUAUGCCUUCAUACAAGUCCUUAUCAAAAACCUAUUCCAUUGUUCUGUAGGUGUACUUGAUAGACUCCGUCUGCUUCCAUGCGACUGAACUAACAGAUCAUGCAGUAUGCCAACAUUUUACAUUUUUAAUACCGUAAUCAUGAUCACAUGGGAACACUAGAGUCCGUUCUCUUGGAUCUGCAUCAUUUUCAGCCGACAUUUAUGUGCAAUUCAGUGUUCUAGAAGCAUGUGAUCUAUUCUUACACCUGUCUCUUGCUUGUAGCACAGUUAUGUGGAAUGGAAUGGAAAAAAAAAAGAAGUGACAAACUACGCAAGAAUGAGUAAGAACAGUAGCUACGACGACAACACGCUCAUGCUAUAAAAUCACCUUAUCAGACCACGGCAUUUCAGGAUGCCGCAUUGAUAACCUGCUUAAUCAGCAGGUUUUUUUUACGAAGGCUAAAAUGUCCUUCCUCUCUCCAUCAGCAUCAAUGAGUCAGGGAGGAUGCACAGUGCCCUGGGGUCUCCUCCCUUGAUGUUCCUGCCUCGUCUUACCCAACGCUAGUUGUAAAGACCCCGAGCGGCAAUGAGAGGCCAUGCCCUUUUCAUCAAAGAGUUUUUCUUUUGUGUUUCUACAUUUUUUUUUUUCCUUCCGAGAGGCGGACAGUGCCAAGCUGUAGCUGAAGGGUUUAUUGUCUCUCCACAAUCUGGGGCGUGAAGAUAAGUGACCCUUUUUUUGACACAGACUGCUGUCAACGGGGGCAGGCACUUCUUCAUUCAAAUUAGCAAACAACAAACACAUUUUUAAAUAAAAGUCCCAUUCAAGCAUCUUUAUAGGGGAAGUCAUUUUAGUCGUUCGCAUUCCAUUUUGAUUUUUUAAAAAAUAUAUAUUUUACCCUUACAGUGUCCUCAAGGUCACUUUGGAACCUGAAUUGGCACACACUAGGCAGAUUUCUAGUAUUAGCAAUAUCUCUGUCUUAUAUUUGCUUUCUGAAAGUUUAUGUUCGUUAUAAGAAAAAGCUUUGGUAUUUUGCUGGGAGGUUUUGAUCUUAGCUCUGCAUCAAAGCUUUUAAUCGAGCCAGAUUGCAACACACAAGACUGGAUUUUUAGCUGGCGUGCUUUAUUAAGAGCUCAGUGAAGGCACAAGCACUGACUUGGAACAGAACUACAGGGAGCUUAUCUACAGACUGGGGACCACCGAACAAUACAGUACGGACGAAGGACAAAAUAGAAAGCCAUGUGCCUGUAAAUCGAUUAAGAUUUCAAAGCUGGUUGAGAUACUGUAUUGUCAUUUCAGUCCGCUGGAGAAAAGCUGUAGUUGCUACCUUGCCUGACGUCAUCCACAUCUACCUGUGCAUGAUGAAGCAGCAGCCAUUAUAUCCCAGUGGAGAAGGCCACUCUCUGCAACUCAUAAUAUACUUGAUGUGCAAAUUCUGGACACAACUUUUCAAAAGGAACACAGUGACUUUACCCAACAGCAGAGUUUAACACCGCUGUAGCAUUUUGCAUCUUAUGAUGGAAGGACUCUUGGAUCAAGCGGGCUUGCACGACAGGGUGGAUCAGAUUAAGAUGCACAAUUACAGUGUCACCAUAUCUUGGUCUGCGGUUCGAAGCCAGAGCUCUGGCAAUGGCAAACGUAAAAUGUUUUUUGGCCGACAGGGGAAGAGGACGGCUGCAGAGGCCCGUGACAUCCAAAAGGCGUUGUGCCAAACAGAACAGAGAGAGCAGUGCACAGAAUAUAUCUUCAGUAACAGAAGUGCGGCCAUUUCUCAAUCAAGUAUACUUUUUUUCUUUUUGUUUCUGGAACCAGCAUGACUAACAGCAAGUCUUGCACUAACACCAGCUCCGAUCAGCAAAAUAUCACCAGUCUAACCUACAUAGAACAUGUAACUAGAUCUGAAAUGGGUUUUCUGUGAUCUUUUUUAUACCAGACAGUAUUAAAUAUAUAGUUUCAACAUAAUGUAAAUAUGGUCUUUAAUUGACUUAAGUUGUAUCUAAGCUGAGCUGUAUGGUAGUGUAUUUAGCACUUUUGCAGUGUAAUAUAAUUAACGAUAUAUGCAACGUUAUUUUUUAAAAUGCCAGUAACUGCUGUGAAAGACCUAUGAUAAUUUGAGAACACAGACCAAAAAAAUUGUGUUAUUGAAGUAUUAUGUACUGGGAUUAAAUGGGAUCGGUAUUUUGUACGCGAUUGCUGUUCUUUUAUGUGCGCUGUGUUUGAACCCACAUUGCUGUUUCUGCUUAGAUUGUGUGCUUGCAAAAGGUUAGUAACCUUGUACUUGACUCACAGUGGCCCUUGUGGUCGUUUCUUAAGCAAACCACAGGAUCUUUGUUUGAAGAAGGCAUUAGUCAGUAUGUUAUUUUAAUUUUAUUUCUGUUUUUAUUUAACAUUUAUUCUUUUAUUGGUUGUUUUUUUUUUUUUUUUACUUAUUUGAUUGGGAAACGGGCAGGACGGUGGUGUGGUGUUUACUGCUGCAGCCUCACAGCGCCAGGGCCCCUAGUUCAAUUCCAGCCUAGGGGUCUGUGUGUGUGGAGUUUGCAUGUUCUCCCCGUGUCUGCGAUUGAUUGGAAAAUGACCUAAGCUAACACAACGGUAGAGGAGGAUAGAGAACCUAUUUAAUCAAAUAGGUUAGCCAUUUUAUAUUGUGGAAAUUAUAUAAAGCCCCCUUUAAAUUGCAUUGAAUAUUUUGCAUCAUUUUGCGAUCCAUUCUACGAAAGCUUUAUGAUUAUUGUGUCGUCACUCAAUAUUCAUUGAUUUGUAAGAUAAACUUAUUUAGGUAAAGCGACGUACUUUGAAAGAUAUGAAGAGCUAAAUAUUUUUAAGUAUCAAUUUUCGC